AUGUCGGCAUCAGGUCGUGCUGUUGCUAAACUGGACAUACUGUAUGGCCAGCCAGAGCCCAACAAGGAAAACAACAUGGAUCUGACAAGUUCCAGUGGGUUUCUUCUUGCACUAUGUGCAGUUCUGAACAUGAAGUUCGACCAGUGCCUAUGCGUUAUCGGACUGCUAUGCUCUUCUUUUGUGGCCAUUAAUGCCGCAACCCAUGGUCGCACCUUGCUCACUCCUCUAGGACGAGAAGACAUGCCCCAUGUUCAGUUGGGAAAUUUACUUGCAGCUCGGGUAACGCUCCUGCUGGUCGCCUUGGAAGCAAUUGGUGCGGCGUGGAUGGUGGAACAGCCAAUCUCUAGCUUGGCUUGGUAUCAUCCUAGGCUACGAGAAAUCUUGAGGAAUUUCCCCAAGGUCUUUGUAUGCCGGUGGUGGAUGGGCCACUACAUGUCAUGCACCCCGAAGAGGCACAUUUGCUGGGCCAAUUGCCGGAAAAUUGGAGGUCUGGACAAGGGGCCCAUGACAGCUGAACAACGAAAGGAGAUCCGCAAAACCGGGGUAAAGAGUGCCAAGGUCAAGGUGAAUAGGUCUGGAAAAAAGUCCUACACCGGGACUUCCAAGCUUCGUGGCACAGGGACAUACCCUCCACACUUUGGCCUACGUAUGGUGAAAUUGUUCCCGCACCUUUUGCGGAGCCGUUCCAUGCCACCGCAAAUCCCUGGGGAGAUGGCUGCAUUGAGUGCCCAGGAGUUCUUCGACAAUUUGACCUGGGACGACAAGUGGGAGGACGCCCUGAUGUUUGACGUGCUGGCCUACAUCCGUGGCAACACUGCCCUAGAGCUUGGGGAGUGGACGAAGGUGGAUAGCUUGCGUAGUCUUCCAUCUAGGAAGCAUAGCUGCUCAGAGCUUCAGAACGGUAACAAGACUUUGUUGAAGGUCAAGGCUGAACAUCAGGAUCCUGAUGAGUUUGCAGCCAAAAUCAAGGAGUAUGAAGAACAGAUCGCAGAGCUGAAGAAACAGAAGGAUGCCCAGGCAACUGAAGAAGAGCUAGCAGUUGCGAAGGCAAAUGUGCCUCGGAAUAUGCCUAAGAGAUCCCCUCGUGCUCCAGCAGAGCCGCCUGCCCCUACCCAGCCACAGAAGCGCCUCCGUGGCAAGAAUGCGGAUGCCCCGUCAACGUCCACGUCACCUUCAGAGGUGGCACGUAUUAAGAAGUUGAUGGAGGAGAAUGUCCGCUUGGAAGCGCUGUUGAAGGAGAUCCAGGGGCAGAAGGACAACACUUCUCUUGCCACCCCGCCGACCCGCAGGGUCCCAGCUCCAUCCCCGGCAUCGACUGUCAAGCAGCCUCCUCGCCAAGCUGGUGUUGCCCAAAGCGAUGAGGAGGACGAUGAUGAGGAACCUCAGGCAGCAGAGGCUUCUGAAGAUGUCUCGGAAGGGGAUGGGGAACCAAGUGAAGCCGCAAAGAACAAUAGGUUAAGACGUUUGUGUGAGAAGAAACCUAGUGGCCGUUGCCAUGUGCCGGAUGACAUUCAUGAGCAGUGGGUGAAGGGGGGUGUGGAACGUCAAAGACUUCGUGACCAGUUGGAAGCGUGCAACUGGGAGAAGGAGACUUUUGUGAGCCAUGUCAUCCGGCAAAAGGAGAAGGUCACCAGGACCACCAAGCACAAGAGGUCUUACAUCAAUGAUGUGGUCAAAUUCUGCGAGAAGAAGGGCAACGAGAGCUUGAUCAAGAAGGACAAAUACAACCGCAACAUCAUGAAGUACCACGUUGAAGUUGACACAGACGACUCCGACGCGGAUGAGGACCUGGAGCGGGAAGUCAAGACUUCUUCUAAGGCUACCAAUGGAAAGGUGAAGUUCAGCAAGCUCGACACCAAGAGAGGGCCCUUGGUUCCGGCGGCUGGUGCAGCGGAGUCUGACUCAGAUUCCCCGAGGAAUGCAGAGAAAGCAACGGGCGCUCAGGAGUUCCAGAUGUUGAAGAAGUUUGGGGAUUCGUUGCUGACCCGGGCCAAUAAGUUGAAUGACAUCUCGGGCCAGUUGGAUGAAGCCAUGAAGAAUGAUGAAGCUAGCCCCCAUCGCGAUCGGGUGUCAAAGUUGCAGGGAACCAUCGAUGCUGCUGUCCAGAUACUGCAGGACCAGUUUGAGCUUGUCACAGAAACCUUGGCGGAGGUAGAAGGUCUCAAGAAUGGCAAGCUGGAUGAAUCUACUGCCAAGCCGUUGCCAGUCUACAAUGUGUUCGCCAAAAUGCGCCGCCCGGGCGUCUCCUUGAACAUCUGGCUGGCUUUGCAGCGCGUGGUGUCCGGCUCCCAGCCAACUUCCUGUCCAGCUUGGGUGAAGUGCUGUGGAAUGAUCACAGGGGAACCGAUGUCCUGUGUGGUUGCUGCAGCAGCUGCGGAUGUAGCUGAGAACCCCAGAGCCUCUGAGGCUUCGAAAGAGUUUGGUGCCAUUAGACCUCGAGAUGCUGAAGUAAGAGCCCACCAAGUAUUGGAGAAGCAUGGCCUCACUUGUCCCAUUCAAAUUGAUAGGGUCGACUUGGGUGAAGCCAAAAGGUACAAACGCUUUCCAUACAUGAAAUUCUCGACAUGGGUGAAAUACCUUUUGGACACAGACCGUUUACCUCGACAACUGUGUGCCUGUGACAGCUUACAGAGUAUGGAGGUAAAGCUAGAGGAGUUCUGGAAACGCUAUGAAGCAAUUCAGCCUACCCACAAGAUUUUUCAGAUGAAGGAGUCUGGGGAAGUGGACCUACGAUAUGUCAUUCCUGUUUACAGCCAUACUGACGAAGGCAGGUCAUACAAAAAGGCCGCACUUUGGCUGCUGAGCACUCAUGGAGCUUUGGGGAGGGGAACGAGAGGUUUCCUCAAGAGGGGAAAAGACAAGUUGCCUCUGAAAAGAAAUGGCUUUGGUCUGAACUUCUGUGGCCACACAUGGUCAACUAAUUUUAUGUUUUCCUGCAUGCUGCGCAAGUUCUUCAAGAAGAAGCCCCAAGUAUUGGAUGACCUCAUUUCAGUUUAUGCACGAGACAUGGAAGACCUUUUGAUCAAUGGUGUGUGGAAUGCUGCUGGAACAGUUCACGUUCGUUGCUGCCACAUCGGUACUAAAGGUGACCUUCCAGCAUUGGCCAAAAUGGGUAACAUGCUGCACACUUUUGGGAAUGUCCCAAAAGCUGCCCAUUCCAGGAAACCCUGUGAAGGUGUCUGUUGGAUGUGCUGUGCAGGGCAGGAGCAGAAUGCUGCCAGAGGCCUGAACCCAGUCCCUUACGAAGACACAAGUGGGAAGCCGAUUUGGGAGGGUACCCUUGGACAACAACAGUCUUGGGAAGAAACGCCACCGCUUUUGCAGGGGGGCCCAGAAGAUUGCGAAGCUUUGGCUGCUGUUUUUGCAAAAAUAUUCCCUUGCAACAGCGUUGGUCUACAGGAGGGGAUUGAAUAG